CAUUAGCUAUUAUCAACAUAUUUUUGGCAUUUAAGUAGUUUAUGCAAUAAUUUGUGCUUAAAUGUUGUCCCACAAGGCUACCCGGACAUUCAGAAUCUAAGAAAAUCGUGUAAUGCACUUGAAACGCUGCAACGGCAGCCUGGACAAAUAUUUGGUGCCUAACGUACAAACAAACAACAAAAGUAAAAACAUAAAUCAGGAACGGAAAACCUGCAUAAAAUGUCCACUGAUGAGUGCACGUCAUGGCGAGAGCACGUCAUAAAAUGUCUGCGUGAACGUAAUAGCAAGGAAUGCGAUAACUUCAAGGAGAUCAUUUUGCAGAAUAAUCGGCUCAUUGGUCAAUGUGCACAACUCAAAUCGGACAAUUUAAAACUGUCGGUCGAAAAUGAGCAGCUGCGCAAUUCCGUGUCAACAGGUGGUGCAGGCCCUAAUGUAGCUAUUGUGACGUUGGAGAAAAAACUGCUCGAGGAGCUGACCGAGCUGCACAAACGGAAGGGCGAGAACUCGCAGAUGAUCGUGGACUUAAAUGUCAAAGUGGAGCAGCAGAAGAAGCUUAUUGCUGAAAAAGAGCAGAGCCUUUUCGAACAACAAACUGCCAAUAACCGCCUACGUGCAGAGGUCCAAAUGUUACACUCCAAUCUUGAAGAACUUAAGAAACUAAAUACCACAAUGCUGGACGAGCACACAGCCCUGCAUUUGGCAUUCAGUGCUUCCGAGGAGAAGCUUAGAAGUGUACAGGAUGAAAAUCGAUGUCUGCUCGAUCGUUUAAUGCGCUACAAGUCUAAGGAUGCUGAUAAAUUAAACGAAGAGAACGAAAGUAUUUUACGAAAAAGACUGCCGUCAAUUUUCAGAAAACGUUCGGAUAAAUUGAAACGAGACAUCGAAGACGCUGUCCGAGAACCCGGCUCAUCAAAUAAUUUUAGUUCGCCUGUGCCACGCAGUUCGACAAGUCCAGUGCCAUUUGGGAGCUGCGCUGUUAGCGACAACGAGUGCGAGGAAGCGUCUAUAAACGGUGCCAUGGACGCCCUGGGAAUGGGUGACGAUGACUAUAUAAGUGGGCGUUUCUCGGCCGGAGAGGCUGAGACGGCCCGCCCAUCGAUAGACACACUUAAAGCUGCUGGUUAUUUAGGACAACCAAACCCGACAAAAAUAAUAAUGAAAUUUGAGGCCCAUGAGAAUGAGUCUCAUGCAGUGCGAUGGAGUCCCGUUGAACGGAUGGUAGCUACAGGUGGUGCCGAUCGCAAGGUCAAGCUAUGGGAUGUGGGGAAGGCUUCUACGGAGCCGCGUGCUGUGCUCAGCGGUAGCAGUGCUGGCAUAAACUCCGUAGAUUUUGAUUCAACGGGCACCUACAUAUUAGGUACAUCAAAUGACUAUGGGGCCAGAGUGUGGACUGUAAUGGAUAAUCGGUUAAGGCACACGCUAACCGGACACAGCGGAAAAGUUAUGGCCGCAAAGUAUGUGCAAGAACCAAUAAAAGUGGUCACCGGAAGCCACGACCGAACGCUUAAGAUCUGGGACUUACGUAGCAUAGCAUGUAUAGAGACGAAGUUUGCGGGUUCCAGCUGCAACGACUUAGUCACCACAGAUAGCCUCGGAUCCACGAUUAUCAGUGGGCAUUAUGAUAAAAAAAUACGCUUCUGGGACAUACGCACCGAGAAACAGGCGGAUGAUGUGAUCAUGCCGGCAAAAAUCACUUCAUUGGAUUUAUCAAAAGAUUGCAAUUACCUCAUAUGUUCAGUAAGAGAUGAUACAAUAAAACUUUUAGAUUUACGUAAAAAUCUAGUGAUUUCCACAUUCACAAACGAACACUUUAAAGUUAGUUGUGAUUUUGCGCGCGCAACCUUUAAUUCAAACGCAUCAAAGAUUGCCUGCGGCUCGGCGGAUGGUGCAAUUUACAUAUGGAAUAUAAAUGGGUUUUUGGAGACAACGCUUAAGGGGCACAGUUUUGGUUCGGGCUUCUUCCACAGCACGGCGGUCAAUGCAGUCAGCUGGAGCCCCAAUAGCAAUUCUCUGGCAUCCGUGGGCAAGAGCAAACGCUGUAUAAUCUAUUCAAACUCGUAGCCUUCAAAGCCAAUGAUAGGUAAUAAUAAAGUCUAUUUGCCAUUAGAUGGCUGGUUAAUAACAUUUGAAAGGAUAAGCUUAUGCUAAACGUGAUUGAAAACAUCACCUUUUUACCUUCAAUGCAGCUUCGUUUUGGUUUUUAUAAGGACUUUACUAAAGUUGUGAACUUAAGAUUGACAGAAAUCGAUUACCAAAAACAAAAGGAUUUAAUAAAUUGUAUAAAAUAUAAUAUACUUACUUGUAAA